UGGCGGCUCUAUCAGAACAAGGCAAGAUGCGCGUCACUCAGGUAUGUACAAAUCCAUUCCCAUACUGUCGUUUGGUCUUCCGUCCAGGACGCGAGCAUAUUACUUCGCGGCCUCCCCAUGCGCUCGGCGGCUCUCCAUUGACACUCAGGCGUGCAGAUAUACACUUACCCGAUCAAAUCGCUCCGCGGCAUAUCCCUACCCAGCUUGGACGCCAUGUACACUGGCUUCCCUCACGACCGACGGUUCAUGCUGUUCAAGGUCGACGAAGGGAAGAACAUGCACGUCGCGUAUCAGACGGAGAUGUGUUUGUUUACCACGGCCUUCGCUGAACCCGAGGGAACAACGCCGAGCACCGUUGUCGUGUCUUAUAGCCUUGAGCAUACGUUCAAUAAACCGGAACAAAAAGUCGGGAAGGACACACUGCAAAUACCGCUGACACCGGAGGUAGAUGGUCUCGAGGAGGUGCCGAUCACGAUGCACGGCAGUCCCUGCGUAGGAUUUAAUAUGGGCGAACGGUAUAACGCUUGGUUCAGUGAUCGGUUUGGGUAUCCGGUUAAACUGUUGUAUAUCGGGAACAACAAGAGACAAGUGCUCGGGAAUAUGCCGCCCGUCGUCGCGGGGAGGCAGAGGGACGGCUUAUCUGAGACGGACGGCAAUGCCAACCGUGGCAGUUCGUGGCUGAGCAGUCUGACGUCGACGGCCAAUUCGCUGGUCGGCGCGGUCAUGGGACCAGGCGAGAACAAGGAGAACGAGUAUGAUGGUGUCGACGAGGGCAUCUCGUUCGCCGAUGUCGCGCCGUAUCUGGUGGUCAGCAGCAAGAGCUGGGAAGACACGCAGAGGAGGUUGCCCGAAGGUGAAACCAUGGACAUUUCCAAGUUCCGGCCCAAUAUCAUUGUUGAGGGUGCCGACCAAGAGUACGAUGAGGACUAUUGGGCGGAGCUGAUGAUAGGCGAUGGCGCGAAGAUCGUGCUCACCCAGAAUUGCGCGCGGUGUAAUAGUCUCAAUGUGGACUAUAGCACGGGCAAGGUCGGUGUGGGCGAGGCCGGCAAGAUCCUGAAGAAAUUGAAUAAGGAUAGACGGGUCGAUCCUGGUGCGAAGUGGAGCCCUGUAUUUGGACGGUAUGGGUUUCUGGCGAGAGUGCCCGAGGGGAAGAAUGCCGCUGAGGUCAAGGUGGGUGAUGAAGUCAAAGUGCUCAGAAGGAAUCCCGAGCGGACCAAAUUUGAGUGGCCUGAUUUGAGCACGAACUGAUCGAAUGAGUGUAUGACUGUUACAGUCAACGAGGGUCCUGUUGUUGGCGUACUGUUGUCCUCUUGGCCUGUUCACCUUUACGGCCGUCAUCGCUCGGGUCGGUCGGAUUUGUUGUAUCGUCUCUUAGCAUGUUCUGUUGUCCUGGGU